AUAGCACCGAAUUUGGGCUAGAACUAAUCUACUCUCUUCGCUAUGUCACCAAAAUAACGUUGACCAGGUGGAAACAUAUGAUAAAAUAGCGUAGUUUAUGUCGUGAAUCAGAUUGCUUCUUCUUGAUGUCUUUUCAACACUUCGAUGAUGCUGACUAUGAAGGUGGACAAGGAGAUGCACUUUCCUGCAGUAGGUCUAGCAGGUCUUCGGUUGAGUCCAUCUCAUCCAACAGGAGCAAAGAGCAAACAAGAGCUUACAGCAGUCGAGAAAGUUCUCCAGCACCCUACUAUCAGGACGAUUUCGAGGUUGAUAAAGACACAUCCUCUGUGCUCGAGAUAUCCCACGCCUCGCCAGUAAAGACAUCUCUUAAGAAAGCAAAAAGUUUCAAUCUCAAAGUCCAAAGGCGAUCAGGUGUGCAGCUUUUACACCAAAAGAAGAGUCUCCGCCCUGGCCUCAAAGCGCCGCUUUUCCCCCCCAUCCGGCCUAGGGACGCCGUGGGCCAGCGGGUGGCGUCGGCUCGGGAGCACCGCAUCAAGGAGCUGAGCAGCCAGGUGUCGGAGCUGCAGCGUCAGCUGGACGGUGCCUGGCAGGAGAACCGGCUGAUGCGCCGCGUUCAGAACCGCCACACGACGGCGCUGCAGCACUUCCAGGACUCAGAGAGCGGCCUGCCACAGAUUCUGCUGAAGCACGGGAAGGAGGUGCACGCUCUCCAGGAGCUCCUGCGGAAGGCGCGGGGCCAGAGGAACAGCAUGGCGCGGCGGAUCGCCUCCAUGGAGGACCGGCUGCAGGAGGCGUCCGGGGAGCGCCACCGCCUGCAGCUGCUGUGUCGACAGCGCCAUCUAGGGGAGAGAGAGGAGCUGACAGAGCAGCUCAGCAAACUCAGCCUGGAGCUGGAAGUCAAGACCAAGAGGAUGAAGGACCUGGAGAGGAACCUUGAGUUGAGUAAUGCAUGCUUCAGCCGCCACCUGGGCACGGAGGUGAAGAAGACUGUGGAGGCUCGAGACCUGUCCAAGUUACUCCAGGAACAAAUAGACCAGCUCACUCAGAAGAUCAGGGAAAGGGAGCGGGAGUUGGAGAAUCACAAUAUCUACUCACACAGAUUCCCAAAGGCAAAGAAAGGAACAAAAGAGACCAAGGCUAUUCAGACUGAGGGCUUUUCACCUCUGCCUUUGGAAGCUCCUGUCUGUAAGCUAGAGAUCGAGUAUGAGAGCGAGGAACACCUAGAGAAGCAGAGAAGCAACAGGAGCAUGGACCUCUGUGCCAUUGAUUUCAGCGAGCUGCUGAAAGAUCAGAAUGACACGGACAGAAGUCUCGCAGAGGACAGUGAAUCAGAGGGGUAUUCAGCCAUUGCUGCUGCCGCUGAGGGCACAGAUGCAGGUCUGAAUGAAGAGGAGCAGCAGGUUGACUGUGAUGAAAAUUACGAGGAUGAUGAAGAUGAUGGGGAGAUUAACGAGAUGUCGGGGCUACCCCGGAACGCCGCCCGCAACCCGAGCAGCCCUGGCCAGGCCGACACCAGUCUGGACCUGCACGACCUGCUCGGAACCAGCUGCCCGUCCGCCAACAAGCAGACCACACCCCGCGCCCGGCGCCACUACACCUUCAAGGAGACCGUCCAGAACCUCCACAGGGGUCGGCCGGCCCACGGGCUCCAGAAGGGCUCCAAGGGCCCGGCUGCAGGGCCCAGCCUGGAUGGAGACGGCGCCCCCUACAGGCCCUCCUUCCUGUCGGGGUCGGCCGGGAGAGCGCAGCCCUCGGCGCAGGAGGACCAGAGGCACGACGGCGAGGAGAACUCCCGCAGCCGCAAGAGCAGCCUGAUGAGGGAGCUGUUUGGCCUGGCUGAUGCCGCGGAGCCUCGGGCCGAGCAGGAGACCCACGGCAAGGAGCCGGCGCCCGCCGUGAGCUCGGACUCGGACCGCACGUCCGCUUACGUCCUGGGAGACACGGCGUCUCACAUCAGAGACCGCUUCAUCAUAUUUGACUGAGAAAUAUACCGGGCACUUAUUAUUGGUGGGUUUUCAUAAUAA